AUAUUUGUGAAGUUGAAGGUAACCCUCCGUCGUCGAGGUCGAGGAGUCGCGUAGCAGGUGUGUAUGUGUGUGCACGUGUGUCGCGCGGAUUCGCACACCAGGACGAUCGAUAAGCCGUCCGUCGUCAGGAUCGCGUCUUCCGGGGAACAAGACGCGGAUCGUCGGGAAGCCCGGCACGUGCCGGCACCGUUCCCUCGAGCCUAUACAAGCCGGCGAAAACCUAACCUGCAAAGGCAACUGACGCUUCGAGCCUAAUGAUGGAAGAUUUUUUGUGCGAUCUAUUGUCACCGUCCAAAGAGGACAUUUUAAGGAGAUUACAGGAUAAUGACAUAACCGACAUGAAGACUCUGGGAGAAAUAAUUACCAGCCACGUUGACUUCAAAGAAUUAAUUCCCAGCAUGGGGUUAAGACUUAAAAUCAAAUCAAAAUAUAUGAGCAUGACAAAUGUUAAAUUUCCAAGUGUCAAAAAUCAACAAGAAGAACCCGUAAUCGCCGGAAUUGUCAACGCUGACGGAUCCGUUUUAUUGGAUACUGAUGCAGUGCACCUGGAUGUACACAGCCAAAUUACCGAUUCACUACAUACAAAUAUUGUUGAACCACCACAGUUAUUGCAGGACGAUAAAGUUGUUACUGAGAGUCGUAAUAAAGAAAGCGCGGAAUCAGCUGAGACAUUCAAUUUACAAGACACAGAUCUGGUCACAAAAAAAAGAAAAUUAAACCGGGGUGUAGACUUUGACGUAAAAGAAAUAUUGGAAAAAGAUGCAACGGGACGAGCGGUACUAAACAUUUAUAACAACACGAGGGACUUAUCAACAAAAUGUCAAAGUUAUGUAUGUGACAUCAUUGUCACACAUGCUUUGAACAACUGCAUAACAAAUCUUCGAAACGAGGAUUUUGACGCUAUUGCUGAUAAUAUCGUUCACGUAUUUCCGGAAGAAUGUAAAGAAACAUAUUAUGUUCCUCCUGUGUCUAACAGAGAUUCUUCGAACCAAAAAUCGAAAGUUGCUAAAGGGAAGUUGGUGGAUAAAUACCGGAAUAAAAUUUCAUUUUUACGAGAAGCGAAAAUAAAUGUAACAAGCGACGUAAUACCUGAGGCAGCUACUUGCAUGUCGUCGGAAGCGCAUCAGGGUACAGAUACAUCAUGUUCAGAUACAUUAAUGUUUUUAGUGAAAACAGUAAAUUAUGUCUAA